AUGAGGGUGAGGCGUUCAAGGAAAUAUGGCAUUAAACAUUACGACAUUGAUUGCUUACUACAGCUUUGUAACAUUACAAAAAAUGCGAUAGCGGCUUCUGGCGACGUCUCAGCUAUCGUAGCAGAUUUUAUGAACUCUCUAAAGGGGGGCAACAUGAGCGGCGGAUCGCAGUCCCAUUCGCAAGGGGAGCCGUUCACGACGCUGCUUGACCUCCUCUGGCCCUCUCAUACACUUCCUACGGUCAGGCAGGGAUCCGAGACGCUCAUCGAUGCGCUGUGUGCCCAGUUACCCACAACACCGUUUCUCCUCGAAGCUGAUGUAGAGGAUGUUGAUCAGAUCGACCCAAACUCCGAGACCGCCCAACUGGCAAUACAAACACUAGAUCAAGAAGAUAAGAUCAACGUGCUAGAGCGCAUUCUUCGUGCCCCACAAUUGCGAGCUGCGCUUGGAAGCUUGACCGAGGCAUUGAAAACGGGAGCGUUGCCUACUGUCAGCCAGGCCUUGAAGAUUGACGUUGAGAAUGGUGGGUACAUGAGGGGUGGCGCAAUGCCAUUGGGCGGUGAAGAUGCAGUCAAGGCGUUCCUGGAGGGCGUAAAGAAGACAGUGGAGAAGGAAAUCAAGGGCGAAGAUGGCAUGGACACAGACUGA